AUGUUGGUUCCUCCACAAUUUUACAACGGCGAAAUAGAAGUCGAUUUAGAUGACACAAUAUUUAAUAUAGAAACCGAGAAAAUACUAGGGUUAUAUAAACAAGGUAUUUAUGAUUUCUUGUUUUAUAAUGGAAAUUUCAAAAACAACAAAGAUAAUAAUUUGGUGAAUGCUGUAAAUAUAGAUAGACGAAUUAAGGACUUAAAAAAAGAUAGACUAAAAAAAAUGGGACAUACUGUCCAAUCUGUUUCUAUAUUUGUAACAUUUUUUCUAAUUUAUUCAGCUUUUAAGGAAAUCAUGCAUAGUAUUAAGGUUGGAAUCAACAAAACCCCCUCCAUUCCCCAGGGGUAA